AUGACAGCGGCUGAUAGGAAAAAAGCCAGUGAGAAAUUAGCCGGCGGGAAAUGCGCUGGUUGUGAACAUGGGUUGGCUAUAGCGCUCGAAAAACAGAUUUACUUGCACUGGCAGCGUACUACUCACAUUACUUUCAACGAGAGCUGCGCUUCGGCCGUUGCCGCGUCCGGUGAUGUUCAGGCGAAGAGUACGAUCGUCAUGGCGAUCUGUGCCGGCCAGACCGGUGCUUUAUGUCUCGAAAGUUUGUUACCGCGCCGCAUGCCACUGCUCACACGAGAAAAAACGCAGGCGCGCCGACGACCGUCAUUUCUUCAUUAUCUACCAAGUGAGUGCACGACGAAAAAAUGCUGCUGCAUAUUAAUUCCAGUGCUCGGCCGACUGACCAACUCGAAACACUCAAACGCCCAAAGAAGCCAGAACCCAGAUUCGCAGCUGGCUGUAAAACAGUUUCGAACGUGGCUGCGCGGUCAGUGCAAGUCGUUGUGGCUAUGGCGAGCGUUGAAUGAGCUGCAAGCCGAAUGUGCUCAUCGUCAAACGGCAGGACGAUGGCGCCUGUCGGUCGGUUGGCCGGUCAAACGGCACAGCUUUCAACUUUUUCCUCUUGCUCCGUCCGUGCACUCAAGUUCGAUGCAGCUCGCCGCUUGUCCCAUAAACCGACGGAGGAAGGAGGACGAGAGACGACGGACGGACGGCCGAAGGCCGACGAUUGGUGAAGCGGCAGUGACGCUGCCUCGCUUCGCCGUACGUCUACGUUCAUUCAUGCUCCUGCGGAGCAGUCGACGCAACGUCCGUCAUCGCUCUGACCGAAGCGAUACACCGACCGACGAUCAGAGUGACAAUCGCAAAGCAAUGGCGGACGUACGGACGGACAGACGUUCGCAUCGCCGCGCCUCAGUUCCCCUUGUUCCACUCCACGCGCUGGCCCUGGCCCUGGCCCUGGCCUGCCGAUCGUUCCGCAGCCGGGCCGUCGCCGCCGAUGCGCUGCCGCUCGGCUGGCCUCGCCUUGGCGGGGCUCGGCUGGCAUUCAGCACGUUGCGAUAG